AGAGAAAAAAAAAAUGCCAUCAAGCACAAGUCUCGACAGGGUUGCACUAUUGUCUGGGUACAACCAUGGGAAUGAAGAAACAAAAGGAAGGUUGUGGAGGAGAGUUUUGGAUUUGGAAGAGGCUAACAAUCAAGUUUUCUUGUCAUUACCAAUGAUUCUUUCCAAUGUUUCAUAUUCAUCUAUUACUUUGGUGUCUGUCAUGUUUGCCGGUCACCAUGGUGAGCAUGAGCUUGCCGGUGCCACUCUUGCCAAUUCUUGGGCCUGUGUCACCGGUUUCGCUUUCAUGAUCGGAUUAAGUGGAGCACUAGAGACACUUUGUGGUCAACGAUUUGGUGAAAAAUUAUACAGAAUGUUGGGACUUCAUCUACAAGCAUCCUGCAUAAUUUCUUGCUUUUUCUCUGGUAUUAUAUCAAUCUUAUGGAUCUACACUGAGCCAAUUUUUGUCUUGCUUCACCAAGAUCCUCAAAUUUCCAAAACAGCUGCCCUGUACAUGAAGCAUCUGAUUCCAGGUUUAUUUGCAUAUGGUUUUGUGCAAAACAUUUUGAGGUUUCUUCAGACACAAAGCAUUGUGGAGCCCCUCAUCUGGUUCUCAAUUCUCCCCCUGGGAAUCCAUUUCGGGAUUGUCUACAGUUUGGUUAAUUGGACAAGUCUUGGUUUCAAGGGAGCUUCAUUGGCUGCUUCAAUUUCGUUAUGGAUAUCAUUCCUUUUGUUGGCUGUGUAUGUCGUUUGUACGAAGAAAUUGAAGCAGACAUGGGAAGGAUUAUCAUCUGAAUCAUUUCGUUACAUUCUCACAAACCUCAAAGUAGCCCUCCCUUCUGCUGCAAUGUUUUGUCUUGAGGAUUGGGCUUCCGAACUUCUCGUGUUGUUAGCAGGAUUGUUGCCAAAUCCAAACGUAUCCACUUCCUUGAUUGCAAUGUGUGUGAAUACAGAAGCUAUUGCCUUCAUGUUUACAUGUGGCCUUAGUGCUGCAGCAAGCACAAGGGUUGCUAAUGAAUUGGGAGCUGGGAAUCCUGACAGAGCCAAAAGUGCCAUGAUUGUCACACUCAAGCUCUCCACCAUUCUUACUCUUGCAGUUGUCCUUUCUUUAGCCUUUGGUCACAAUGUUUGGGCCAGUUUCUUCAGUAACAGUUCCAUAAUAGUAAAGCAAUUUGCCUCAAUGAUACCCCUGCUAGUCAUCUCAAUAACAUUUGAUUCUUUUCAAGGCAUUUUAUCAGCUGUGGCCAGAGGAUGUGGUUCGCAGCACUUAGCUGUGUGGGCAAACUUGGGGGCUUUCUACUUCAUUGGUAUGCCAAUUGCAUGGCUUCUUGGAUUUAUGCUGAAACUAUAUGAUAAGGGUUUGUGGACAGGCUUAAUAUGUGGACUCUUUUGCCAAGCCAGUGCUCUCCUAUCAAUUACAUUGUUUGGUAAAUGGACUAAAUUCGAUCUUUCAGUAGAAAGUGGUAAGAAAACCCAGGUUUUUGUUUAACUAAACUCCACCGGGAAGACCCAAUUCAAGUCUUGUAAUUGCAUAUGCAUUUUUCAGAAACAAAACUUGGGUAUGAGAAUCUGAAGUUAUUUGAAGCAAUUUCAUUCCUUGUUUCUUUGAAUGUUGUCCCUCAGUUCAUUGCAUGCAUAUGAUUGGGUUGUAUCACAAUGUGACCGACUUCAAUUAGCUGUACAAA